UGACCUGACCGACCGACUGACGGGACGACGAAUUCGAUAGCCCGCUCAUGCGAGCUUUAUAUACCUCGAUUGGCCACGAGUGCGCUUUUUCCUUUCCCUGUGCUCUGCCUGCUCGAUCGUGCUCGAGGAGAAUCGUCGAUAGAGCUAGCUAGCUCGCACGACAGCCCUCUGGUUGUAGCUGAGCUGAGCUGAGCUGAGCCCGGCCGAGCCCGGCGCAGCGCUGGACAUCGCGGGUAGGAGGGGGUGGGCUUCGAGAGGCAUAGAUAGAGUGACUGACACAUGAGGUUCGAGGCAGAUACCGACUUCAUAAAAAUAGGUGGAAAGAGGUACAUGGAGGCGCUGCAUCAGAUGCAAGCGCAUGUGCGGGGGGAGAAGCGGGCGCAAUGGGAGAGCGUGGACGAGGCGCAGUGGAAAUGCGGCAGCGGCGAGAGCAAGCAGCUGCAGCCGCAGGCGCUCUACGGCUACGCGCUGCUGAGCAACAGCCGCGGCCACGAGAUGGAGGACUUUCAUGUGGCGGAAUUCCGCACCAUGGACGACGCUUACGAGGUGGGACUGUUCGGGAUUUUUGACUCGCACCGAGGCCCGCAGGUCGGCCGCGAGGUGCAGCGACGCCUCUUCGACAACAUCCUGCAGGAGGGAGGCGUUUGGGCCGACCCGGCCGGAGCCACUCGAGAUGGGUACCUGCUCACCGAUCGCCAGGUUCUCGAGUGCCUCGACAAGGAGGCCGAAUUCGGCGGCAGCACUGCUGUCACCGCCAUGCUCUUCGAGCACGGCAGCCGCCUCGUGGUCGCCAACGUCGGCGACUCCCGAGCUGUCCUCUGCCGAAACGGCGAGGCUGUCCAGCUCUCGGUGGAUCACGACCCCGGCCGCCCCGUGGAGAGAGCCCAAGUGGAGAUGCGCGGCGGCAUGGUCGUCACCCUCCCAGGUUCGUUCCUUUGUGCCCAUCUGCUCCUUAGAGUAGCGCUGCGUCGUCGUCGUCGUCCCUCGUCCCGUCGAUCUGAUGCGCCUGUUCGCCGCUCAGUCUCUCCGUUCGAGUGAGAAGGUCCGAUGCAGAUCCGAUCGUGCUCGUCGCGCAGCCGUCGCAGAAGACUGAGCCCUGAGAGAAGAGGAGAGGAGCCCUCGAUGGCGACGGGCGAGAGAUGGUAGUCCGCUGCCCUUGCAACCAGAGCAUUCUAGUUCUUAAAAUUCGUGGAGAACUAGCUGCCCUUAACAAUGCACUUCGUAGAGAGCGCUCCAGAGCGACCAUCUCGAGCAAACAAGGAGAUGUGCCCAGAGUGGACGGCCAGCUGGCCCUGGCCAGGGCUUUUGGAGACAAGUCACUGAAGAACCAUAUGAGUGCAAAACCCGAUAUGGAGGAUAUUCUGGUGGAUUUGUCGUGCGAGUUUCUGAUCCUAGGAAGCAACGGGCUCUGGAAGGUCAUUGCGAACGAAGAAGCCGUGGAGCUCGUAAAGAACACAGUGGAUCCUGCCGAGGCCGCUCAGGCAUUGGUUCGCAAGGCCAGGGAACGGCUCACGGACGACGAUAUCUCUUGUAUAGUCAUACUCUUCAGGGAGUUGUAGGUGUCAUAUUACAGUAGUUUUUUUAGUGGCGGUAGUAAGACAGCGCAGACUGCUGGCUGUUUUGUACAUUCUCUCUCUCUCUUUCUCUCUCUCUCUCUCUGUGCUUCUGGUACUUCAAGUUUGGUCUUCGGUCCUCUACCUGGACGCCCGCGCUUAGUGGAGUAUAGUAUUCUCGCGUGAACUAUGUUGAUUCCAACUUGUAGUAUAAUAUUCUGGAAAAAUACGAAGGCGGAUGCAGCUUCUCGAGUGUAUCCAUUCACGUGAUAUCAUUUCAAGUUAAGCUCACUCCACCUGAACUUUUCAACUUUUCGAUUCAAUCAUUCAAGAAUCUAGACCGUCCGGAUAGAGCAUCUGGCACCGCAUGCCGACCUGUACAUGGUUGUGACAUCUGAGUGUUGAGCUUUAGUUGGGGUUGAUAGUGCACCUGG